UUCGUGUACCAGUGUAUCCUUCCCGGGCUGUGGCGACGAUUUUUGCGGCACAGAGUUUCACUCUUCGCUCGCUCUUCAAAAACGACCGACGUCUUCAGUUAUUCGUCUCGGGGAUGACUUGAACUGUUUUUUCCUUCCUACAAACUCGGUUUCUGCGCCUGUGUGGAAAAGUGUGUGUGCGGGAAAGAAAAAUCCAGUUUGAGUCAGUGGAAUUCAGCGGACUUAUAACUUGAGUCUGAUCAUCAAGAGCACGUCUUGAUCGUAUAAGAGAAAGGGAGGCAAGCGAAAUUUAGUGAUAAAUAGUACGCAGAGCAUACAAGUGAAGCCUCCGACCUUACUCUCCCUCACCCUUGGAAAAAAAAGUCAAUUUAAGCCCAAAAGCCAAAGUGGUGCCCAAACCCGUAAAACGGGCACAACGAAAAAAAAGGAAGUGUGUUGUUUGGUGUGUGGAUAUAUGUGAUUGAUUGCUCUUUCGCAAACCCGAAAACGAAGCAAAAAAAGGGGCCCCCCAAAAGUCUCUCUGGGGAGGGAGUAGUUUAAGGAAAACAUAAAAUCCAAACCCCAAACGAAGAGGAUUUAGUUGUAUAAGUUUUGAGUUUUUGACGAGUUAUUCGCCUGUGUUUCGUUAAGUUUGUUUCGCUUACAUUUUGUGUGUGUGUUUUUUGUAAAAAGAAACCUCAAAAACCAACAAAAAAACCCCCUACAAACCCGACCGAUUCAACGUUAUUGUGCCGCGUAUUAGCGACUCGUGCAUUCUCCACUGAAGGAUGCAACGACCCAAUCCGAAUCAGCCACCGUUCCAGCUGCAACCACAGCAGCAGCAGCUGAUGCAGCAGCAACAGCAGCAGCAGGUGCACCAGCAGUCGUCGAUGAUGAUGCAACAGUCAUCGACGACGGUGCGCCAGCAGCAGCAGCAGUUUGUGCAGCGGCAGGAAUUUUCGCAGCAGCAGCAAUUUAGCAGUUCGCAGCAGCGAGUUAGCAGCCGUUCGGAGCAACACUCCGUGCAGCAGCAGCAGCAAAGCCAUCAAGUUACUCAGCAGCGAGUGCAACAGCAGCAUGGUGGCUACAUUCAGCAGAGUACUACACCGCUGGCAUCGAUAACACCCGGUCUGCAGACACCAACUGUUGGUACUCCGUUCCAACAGCAGCCACAGCAGCAAGUACCAUUGCAGUCGCAACCGACGUACGGUAUGGCGGCUCCAACUCCGGUUUCAGCCGGUCCCGGUGAUUACUCACCGCCGGUGUUUGAACAAAUCUUCAAGAACUCGCGCUUCGCCCAGGGCGGCAACGCGCUGUUCGAGGGCAAGCUAAAGGGUAAUCCCAAGCCAGAAGUUUCGUGGACUCGGAAAGGCGCACCCCUUCUCGAUUCCUCGAAACAUCGCUUGAGCUACAACCCGGCGACCGGAGCCGUCUCGCUGCUGAUCAACCAGAUCGGACCGGGAGAUGAGGGCGAGUACACGUGUAAGGCACGUAACGCUGUCGGAGAAGCGAUCUGUUCGGUAUUCAUCCAGCCGGAGGGUAUGCCGACUCCACAGUUCCAGCAGGUUCGUCGCGAACAGCAGCAAACUAGCAUUAAGCAGCAGCAGCAGCAAUAUACCAAUGGAUACUCUCACGUGGAGGAAGAAUUCAAGGUAGAUACCUUCGAGUACCGGUUGCUGCGCGAGACAUCCUACAGGGAGUCGAUUACACGACGAUAUGCCGGAGAAACGGACGCCCAGUUGAUCACGACAGUAGAUCGCGCUUUGGGUCCAGCUGCGGCUCCACAGAUUGGUCAGAAGCCACGCAACUCGAAGCUUUCCGAGGGUUCGGAUGCAGUGUUCAGCACGCGUGUCGUAGCUAAUCCACGUCCGCGACUUUCCUGGUUUAAGGACGGUCAGCGCCUUAUUCCGUCGGCGGACAAGUACGAGAUGGGUUACUCAAACCAGCAGGCAACGCUGCGCAUCAAAAACGUGAAUGCACGCGACUCCGGACAUUACACCUUGCUGGCAGAAAAUCCGCAAGGUUGUCAGGUGUCGUCGGCUGUCUUGGCAGUCGAAGCUGCCCAGGAACAGGUGGCCGUUGAACGCGCUACCUCGUUCUCGGAACAACAGCAGUACCAUCAACAGCAACAGCAGGUUAUUGAAACCUCAUCUGAGGCUACGAAGGCACUGUCUCCGUCGUUUAUGACAUUGAUCCAGGACGCGGAGACAACCGAGGGUAAGAUGGUACGAUUCGACUGUCGUGUGACCGGACGUCCCUAUCCGGAGGUAGCUUGGUACAUCAACGGCAACCUGGUGACGGACGAUGCGACACACAAGAUCCUCGUCAAUGAGGCCGGCAAUCAUGCGUUGAUGAUCACCAGCACUAAUCGCUUCGACCAUGGAAUUGUGACGUGUGUGGCACGUAACAAGAGUGGCGAGGUAGCCGCUCAGGCCAAACUGGUCGUGUGUGAGCGUGAGCAGGUGGUUGCACCGAAGUUCGUAGAGCGUUUCACCACGGUUAACGUGAAGGAAGGCGAACCGGUACGACUGUUUGCACGCGCCAUCGGAACACCGUUGCCGCGUAUUACCUGGCAGAAGGAUGGCAUUCCGCUUGUCCCUGGACCGGAAGUGCAGAUCUGCAACGACGAGAACGGUUGCACUACCGUUGACAUCCCGAGAGCGAAAGCGUCGGACGCCGCGUGGUACCAGUGUACGGCACAGAACGUGGCCGGUACCACGGCAACGCGCGCCCGUCUCUUCGUCGAAGCUCCGAAGGGACCGGCGCCAGAGCAGAAACGUCUCAAUCUACCUCGUCCUACUAAGGUCAUUCAGCCGGAAGCUGUUCCGGAACCGGAAAUCAUCUACUUGCGCCACGUGGAGCGAGCUGCUCCUCAUGCACCACCGAAGGAGGAGGAUCGCACCUAUCCACCACCGAAAUUCAUAGUCCCAUUGAGCGACGUUGCACAGGUUGAAGGUGGAAAAGUACACUUUGAGGCUCGCAUUGAGCCCGUUUCCGAUCCUUCGAUGCGCGUUCAGUGGUUCUUGAAUGGAAAUCUGAUUCAAGCAAGUUCUCGAGCAAACACCACGUUCCAGUUCGGGUUCGUGGCUUUGGAUCUUUUGACGAUUGUGAUGGAAGACAGCGGUGAAUACUUGUGUCGCUUGUCCAGCUCGACGGGAGUAGCAGAAUCGCGUGCCAUGCUCAGCGUGCAGCCCCGUCCUCCAAUCGAACAGCAAACGCAGCAUCCAUCAUCGCUGGAUCAGAUCCAGCAUCUUGAGGACUACUCGAAAUAUGUGCGUACCGAAAGCAUCGAGGAAGUCGUUAACCAGAAGCCAGGUUUCACACGACCGCUUCAAGAUUUGGGUGAACUAGAGGAAGGCCGCAAUGCUCAUUUCGAAGCGCAGAUCACACCGGUCAGCGAUCCUACGAUGCGCGUUGAGUGGUACAAGGAUGGACGCCCAAUAACGGCUAGCUCGCGCAUUACUGCCAUUUUCAACUUCGGCUACGUUUCGCUGAACAUCAUGCAUCUGCGUGCGGAGGAUGCCGGUACGUAUACGGUGCGUGCAGUGAAUCGCAUAGGCGAAGCGAUCAGCACAUCGAAGAUCACCGUAGUCAGCAAGGCACCUGUUACGGGUGACUUGGGCAUCUCGGAGCAACGAAACUAUAUUCAGAAGAUCGAGGAACUGGAACAGUACCAGAAGUACCAGAACAUGAAGUUCUACGAGGAGACGCCUGAAAGCACACAGCGGCCGGAGUUCAAGAGUCCUGUCUCGGAUCAACUCAAUGUACGAGAAGGUGGCUUUGCACACUUCGAGGCCCGUCUUGAGCCGGUCGGUGAUGCGACUCUGCGCGUCGAGUGGCUUAAGGAUGGUCAUCCGGUAGAGGCAAGCUCGCGUAUUACCUCGUUCUGUAACUUCGGCUAUGUGGCGCUUACCAUCAAGCAAGUUACCGUACACGACGUCGGUACCUACACGUGUCGUGCUUAUAACUCUCUUGGAGAGGCGCAUGUUUCCGCCCGCUUGACGGUGCUGACUCGCCAGGACAUCAUUGUCGAUUCACAAACAAGUCACAUGGGCAUGGAGAAGAUCCAGUAUCUGGAGGAUUCAUCGCGCUACACACGCACUACUCAGGAACAAGUUGAGCAGCAGGUCGUGCAACCUCAACCACGAUUCCUUGGACCACUCAAGGGUACGAACCGAAUUGUUGAGGGACAGCGUGCCCACUUUGAAGCUCGUCUGGAACCACAGUCGGACCUGACCAUGCGCGUCGAAUGGUACCACAAUGGUCGUCCAUUGAUGAGUGCUAACCGGAUCCAAACCUACCAUGACUUCGGCUAUGUAGCACUGGAUAUCUUGGACGUACGUGCGGAAGAUUCCGGAACAUACACUCUGGUAGCUGCGAACAGCUCAGGACAAGCACAGGUUGAAGCUACAAUGGUAGUGGAAACACGUGCUGCUAUCGACACAACGAGCAUGCACCAUGUGGUGGAACGUUCGCAGCAGAAGGUGGAGAAGCAGUUUGUUGAACCGCAGUACCAAGUUGAAGAAUUGUGCAAGUCAAAGCCAAUCUUCACCCAACCGCUAUCCGAUCCGCAACCGGUUGGUGAGGGGCGUAACAUUCAUUUGGAGUGCAAGCUGGAACCGCUCGGUGACCCAACUAUGCGCGUAGAAUGGUACCACAAUGGACGUCCGAUUACUGUGGGUUCGCGCUUCAAAACCUACUACGACUUUGGUUUCGUAGCACUGGACAUCCUGCAUUCGACGGCGGUUGACUCGGGCGAAUACACGGUACGGGCGACGAACCAGCUCGGAUCGGCCCAUACGUCUGCGUGCGUGCGCGUCAUUACACGCUCGGACGUCAUCACGGAGGCCCAGAGUGAAAUGUCCGUCGAACAGAUGCAGUAUCUGGAGGAUGCCUCGCGUAUGCGUCGGGAUGUGCUUGAGGAUAUUACGGUGAUGUCGCCGCCUCAGUUCGCUCGCUCAUUGCAUAACAUCGAAACGUUUGAAGGAACCAACAUUCAUCUAGAGUGCCGUCUGCAACCAGUCGGUGAUCCGACCAUGCGUGUGGAAUGGUUCGUAAACGGUAUGCCGGUUAAGAUUGGACAUCGCUUCCGACCAGCGUACGAGUUCGAUUACGUGGCAUUGGACUUGCUAGGCGUGUAUGCGGCGGACUCGGGUGUGUACACUUGCCAAGCUCGCAACUCGCUCGGUGAAGCGGUCAACUCUUGCUCUGUGCGUAUCAUGGCAAAGAAGGAUUUGAUCCUGGAAACGCAAUACCCAGCAGGGUUGGAGAAGUUGCAAUAUCUGGAGGAUAUUGCCCGCUAUCGCAAGACUGAGUACGUCGAUGAGAUUGUCAACGUGAAGCCGCGCUUCCUUACCAAGCCGAAGAAUAUUGACCGUGCGCAGGAGGGUGGCCAUGCACAUUUCGAGUGCAAGCUGGAACCUGUCACGGAUCCGAACCUGAAGGUGGAAUGGUACAAGAACGGCAUGCCCAUCACUGUGGGCCAUCGUUUCCGUCCUAUUCAUGACUUUGGCUACGUUGCCCUCGAUAUCAUCGACCUGAUUGCUGAAGAUACCGGUACCUACAUGUGUCGUGCCGUGAACUUGGUCGGUGUUGACGAAAUCGCCGUGCAGCUGGUAUGUCGAGGAUCGCAGCAGAUUCUUACCAACACCCAGAACGAGAUGGGUCUUGAACAGAUCCAGUAUCUCGAGGAGAAGGCACGUCAGCAGCGGUCGGAUUAUCUGGACGAGAUGACGACUCAAGCGCCAACGUUCACAACAUCGCUAAAACACAUUGAGAUUAAGGAAGGCCAGCGUGCUCACUUUGAGUGUCGUUUGAUUCCUGUGUCGGAUCCAACGCUGCGCGUCGAAUGGUACCAUAACGAGGCACCAGUGAAGACUGGUUCGCGUUUCACCGAAACCAACAACUUUGGCUUUGUGGCGCUCGACAUCAUGGGCUGUCUGGCUGACGACUCCGGCACCUACACGUGCCGUGCAGUGAAUGCUCUAGGUGAAGCUGUUACUUCGGCCACGUGUGUUGUGCAUACACGCAAGAGUAUCUAUUCGGAGUCACAACACGAACAUGCUCUGACUAGCUUACGCUAUCUUGAGGAUAAUUCACGCUACCAGCGCGAAACGGAUGUGGAUGAGGUUAUCACGCAGGCUCCGGUGUUUACCCUGCCUGUGAAGGAUGUCAAGGUAGCAGAAAACCAAGCGGUACACUUUGAAGCUCGUCUGGUACCGGUCGGUGAUCCGAAGAUGCGCGUAGAAUGGUUGCGCAAUGGUGUUCCAAUCGAGGCUUCAAACCGCACCACGACGAUGCAUGACUUCGGUUACGUAGCAUUGAACAUGAAGUACGUUAACCCGGAGGAUUCGGGCACUUACACGUGCCGCGCAACAAACGACCUUGGUCAAGCUGUUACCUCUGCGAAGUUGGUUGUCCAGUCAAAGGCAUCAUUGGACCUGGAUACUCAGAACGAGAGUGCACUGGAGAAAAUCCAUCAGCUCGAGGAUGCUAUCAGGUUCCAGCGUCGUGAAGAGGAAGAUGUUGCUGUUACUCAGCCACCUAAGUUCACCACGAAAUUGCACGGCCCAACAAAUCUAGUUGAAGGUCAAAGUGCCCACUACGAAUGUCGUAUCGAGCCGUAUCCGGAUUCGAGCCUGAAGGUGGAGUGGUUCCACAAUGGCCAACCACUCACGACCGGUCAUAGAUUCCGCACGACAUACGACUUUGGAUUUGCUGCGCUGGAUGUGCUGACUGUGUACGCCGAGGAUUCGGGUGAAUACACGUGCCGUGCGACGAACCACCUCGGAUCGGAAACGUCUUCGAUCUCGUUGAACGUAACCCCGAAAGCUGGUAUUGUACGUGAUACCCAGCACGAAGGAGCACUGGAGAAGAUUCAGUAUCUGGAAUGUGACGCUCGCUACGGUCGUAAGGGAGAAGAUGAGAUGUAUGUAGCCGAAAAGCCGCAGUUUGGCCGACCGCUUAAGAAUGCUAGUGUUGGCGAGGGACUGCCGGUACAUCUGGAAGCUACAUUGACACCGGUCAACGAUCCAACGAUGAAGGUGGAAUGGUAUUGCAAUGGACGCCCUAUUCAACAGGGCCACCGGUUCAAAACGACGUACGAUUUUGGUUUCGUAGCUCUCGACAUCCUUUAUGCGCACGCUGAGGACACGGGAACUUACAUGUGUAAGGCUAAGAAUGCAAUUGGAGAGGCUGUUACGACAUGCGCUGUUAAAGUCACAGCAAAUGCCGGAUUAUAUUUGGAGACGCUCGAUGAACAGCGGCUGCAAAAGAUUAAGGAACUGGAGAGCUACCAGAAACCGCACACUCCUGAUGUUGAACCGGCCAAGCAGAAACCAGUCUUCCUCACUCCGCUGACUAGCUUGGAGAAUCUGAAGGAAGGCGACUAUGCCCACCUGGAGUGUCGUGUGGAACCGAUAAACGACCCGAAUCUCAAGAUCGAAUGGUUCAUCAACGGAAAGGCAAUCCGCGCAGGACAUCGCUUCCGUACGACGCACGACUUCGGUUACGUGGCGCUCGACAUUCUGUACGUGUACGGUGAGGACAGUGGAACAUACAUGUGCAAGGCCACCAACCAAGUCGGUGAAGCGGUCAGUACAUGCAACAUUCGCGUCACGAACAAGCGCAACAUCAUCUUCGACUCGCAGCAUCCGGAUGGAUUGGAAAAGAUCCAGAAGCUGGAGGCGCACGUUCGACCAUCGCGUCUGGAGCUGGAUGAACCGGAAGUUACUGCACCACGUUUCGUUACCGAGCUGCGUGGCACAACGGAGAUUCAUGAGGGACAAACGGCCCACUUUGAGGCGCAGGUUGAACCGAUCCACGACCCGAACUUGCGCAUCGAGUUUUACCACAACGGUAAACCAUUGCAAUCGGCUUCCCGCUUCCAUAUUACGUUUGACUUUGGUUAUGUCGCGCUGGACAUCCAGCAUGUUGUUGCUGAGGAUGCGGGCGAAUACACGGUGAAGGCCAUCAACGCCAAGGGCCAGUGCAAAUCGUCGAUCAAGAUGCAGGUGACUGCUAAGGGAGCCAUCAUAUCUGAUACGCAGCAUCCGGAGGGUCUGGAUAAGAUCAAGCAGCUCGAGGGCGCUAGUCCAUUCCGUCGUCCGGAGGUACAGGAUACGAUCACAAAACAACGUCCAGUGUUCACUCAACCGCUGCAGAACAUUGAUUAUGUGGCCGAAGGGCAAACGGCACACUUCGAAUGCCGCUUGAUUCCUGUGGGCGAUCCCAAUCUGCGAGUAGAAUGGUUCCGCAACGAGCAACCACUAGAAGAUAGCUCGCGCAUCACAAAGCAGCACGAUUUCGGCUUCGUCUCGAUGGAUUUGCAGCAUGUGCGCGAGGAGGAUGAAGGUGUGUACAUGUGUCGUGCGAUUAACCCGCUGGGUGAGGCCGUCACUACCGCUUCUAUGCGUGUCCGCACGAAGGCAAGCAUUCAGAUGGAUUCGCAGCACCCAGAGGGCAUGAAGAAGAUUAUUGCUUUGGAGCAACCGCACCAGCAGCGUUCCGACGACCAGGAGGCAGCUUUCGAAAAGCCUAUAUUCACGCAAUUGCUGACCGGACCGUCGGAGCUGUGGGAGGGUCAGCAUGCACACUUCGAAGCACGCGUUGUGCCGGUUGGUGAUGCUAGCAUGAAGUACGAAUGGUACGUGAACGGCGUUGAACUGAAGAUGGGUUCUCGAUUCCGUACUACGAACGACUUCGGAUUCGUUACGCUGGACAUCAAUUCGGUCGUGGCGGAAGAUUCCGGUGUGUACAUGUGCAAGGCAAUUAAUCGCGCGGGCGAAGCCGUUUCAUCGACCACGAUGAAGAUCAAGUCGAAGGCAUCGAUCGCGGGCGAACCGCUGCUUCCAGAAGCCUGGGAAAAGAUUCAGCUGAAGGAAGCCGCCAUGAACCGUGUGCCUGAUAUGUUUGUCGAUACCACGCCACAACAGGCUCCGGUAUUCACCACGCAUCUGGAGAGCCACGACAAGCUGCAGGAAGGACAGCACGUCUACCUGGAAGCUCAGGUGGAACCACGCGCCGAUCCGAACCUCCGUAUCGAGUGGUUCAAGAACGGCAUCGCGAUCACCACCGGAGCACGAAUUCGCAGCACAUUCGAUUUCGGGCUCGUUACUCUUUCAAUCAACGGUCUACGAGCGGACGACUCGGCCAUCUACACCUGCAAAGCUACCAACAAUCUCGGUGAAGCUGUGUCUACGGCAACGCUGAAGAUCGAUGCGAGCCAUUGGUUGCUCGGUGACACCAUGCAUCCAUCGUCUGUGCAGAAAAUCCAGGAUCUGGAGGCACCGCGAAUGAACCUGCGCGAUGUACCAGAGGAUCAGUUCGAAUCGCCAGUCUUUGUUAGCCACCUGAACAAUGUGGAGAUCAAGGAAGGUGAAAAUGCACACUUCGAAUGCCGCGUAGAACCUUCCAAGGAUCCAACGAUGCAGAUCGAAUGGUUUGUCAAUGGUAAGCCACUGCCAACUGGUGCACGCUUCAAGACUACGUAUGACUUCGGUUUUGUCUCACUGGAUCUGACCGGUGCUUACGCCGAGGAUUCGGGUAUCUACACUUGCAAAGCAACCAACAGCAAGGGAACGGCAUCGACUUCUGGUUCAUUGCGUUGUACCAGCACUACCACUAUGUACCUGGACACGCAACAUCCACAGGGCAAGGCUGGACUUGAGGCAGUCCAGGAUACCGAAGCUGCUUUGGCCAACCGUUAUCGUCGCCAGGAAUCGAAACCGGAAUCUGCCUUCCCGAAACCACAAUGGACGGUACAGUUGCAGUCGGAGUUCCGGCUGAACGAGGCAGAAGCACUUCAUCUGGAAGGCCAGGUUGAACCUAAGGAUGAUCCUAACCUGAAGAUUGAGUGGUACUUCAAUGGCAAGGUGUUGGAGCAUGGAUCACGCUUUAAGAUGACGAGUGACUUUGGUUUUGUCACGCUCGACCUUACGGAGGUAUAUGAACGUGAUCAGGGAAUUUACACCUGCAAAGCGUACAACCUGGCCGGCGAGGCAUUCACUUCCUCGACCGUGUAUUGCGCUACUAAGGAGAGUCUGAUCGAGCGUACGCAGCAUCCAAAGGGCACGGAGGGUCUGGAAAAGAUCCAAGAUCUGGAGGAUUCGCUUCGUCGUCAAGAAGGUGGACAGGCGGAAUCGGAUGCCGGACAUGCACCUCGCUUCACUUCGGAGUUUGUAACGCUGAAAAAUGUCGGCGAGGGUGAGAUAGCGCACUUCGAUGCUACGCUCAUUCCCACUGGCGACCAGUCCAUGAUCAUCGAGUGGUUGUACAAUGGCAAACAGCUUGAAGCAAGCCACCGUGUGCGCACGGUGUACGCUUUUGGAAUGGUGGUGCUAGAGAUCCUCGGCACUAAGAUUGAGGACUCGGGCAGCUACACGUGUCGUGCCACAAACCGUUGGGGAUCGGCUGAGAUCAGCGUUGAUCUGGAAUGCGUUGACAAGUCGGCUGGACAGAAGCCACGUUUCACUACUCAGCUUCAAUCGCUGGAGGGCUUGAAGGAUGGCCAAUCGGCUCAUUUCGAGUGUACUCUUGUGCCGGUGAACGAUCCGGAUCUGAAGGUGGAAUGGUUCCACAACGGCAAGCCCAUGCGCCAUUCAAACCGCAUCAAGCCAGUAUCGGACUUUGGCUAUGUGCUGCUGGAUAUUGCGUACGUGCAGAGUCACGACUCGGGUGAGUACGUGUGCCGUGCGUCGAACAAAUACGGUGAAGACACGACCCGUGCUACACUUAAGUGCUUCGGAAAGGGUGGCGUGUAUCUGGAGUCUCUGCAACCCGACUCACUGGCAAGAAUUCGUGAGCUCGAAAGCCAGUCGGGUGUGAAGCAAACGGCCGCUGGAUCACCAGUUGGCGAAGCACCACGCUUCACCACAAAGAUCAACGACAUUACGAAGCUAGUGGAGGGCCAGAGCGCUCACUUUGAAGCGCGCCUAACGCCGAUCAACGAUCCCGAGCUGGUGGUGGAAUGGUACUGGAACGGACAGAAGUUGCCACAUGGCCAUCGCUACCGUACGUUCCACGAUUUCGGAAUCGUGAUUCUUGAUAUCCUGUACUGUUACGAAGAAAACUCGGGUGAAUUUGAGUGCCGUGCUACGAACAAGUAUGGCUCGGACAGCACCAAGGCUACGCUGCGUUGUAUCUCGAAGGCCAACCUUAUCCUGGACUCGCAAUUGCCCCGUGGAAUGGAGGGUGGACUGGAGAAGAUCCAGACGCUGGAAGAUUCUUUGAUCCGUACCCGUGAUGAGCGUGAGCGCACCGAGGGUGGUCGUGCUCCAGUCUUCACCACGCCACUAUCGAACAUCGAUUCGCUGCGUGAAGGCGAAAGCGCUCACUUCGAGGCGAAGUUGACACCGACGGACGAUCCGAAGCUGAAGGUGGAAUGGUUCUGGAACGGCAAGCCACUAAAAACCGGCUCACGGUUCCGCACGUUCUGCGACUUUGGAUUCGUCAUUUUGGAAAUCUCGCCAGUAUAUCCCGAGGACUCGGGAGAGUACUCGUGUCGUGCGACCAACGAGUACGGUGAGGCAGUCACUACGUCGACCAUGCGUGUACAGGGUAAGCGUAGCAUUAUUCUUGAGUCACAACUGCCCAAGGGCAUGGAGAGCACAAUCGAACGUAUUGCCGAGCUGGAAGGUCUUGGCAUUCCUCAUGGCGGACUUGGCUCGCCCGAUGAUGAUACUGGUAAGCCACCGGAAUUCAUCACCACACCUUCGGACAUGACUUUGACCGAGAAUUCGUUGGCGCACUUCGAAUGCCGCCUGACGCCGAUCAACGAUCCGAGCAUGCGUGUCGAGUGGUACCACAACGGAAAGGCUUUGUGGGCUGGCUCUCGCAUCAAGACGAUCAACGACUUUGGUUUUGUAAUCCUGGAGAUUGCUGGCUGCUACCAGCGCGACUCGGGAUUGUACACGUGUAAGGCUACAAACCGCCACGGAGAGGCAACCGUUUCAUGCAAACUGACUGUGCGUGGUCGCCAAGGUAUCAUCAUGGAGCCGCAACUGCCAUCGAACUUCCGCACUGGCACGGAAAGCAUCCAGAAGCUGGAGGAACAGCUGCACAAGCGCGAAGAGCUGAUGGCUGAUGAGGAAGAAGGCCGCCCACCGAAGUUCGUUGUCGAAAUCAAGGACAACGUGGACAUACCCGAGGGUGGACCAGUUCACUUCGACUGUCGCGUCGAACCGGUGGGUGAUUCGUCGCUGCGUAUUGAUUGGUAUCACAAUGGCAAGCCAUUUGCAACCGGUUCCCGUGUGCACAUGCUGAAUGACUUCGGUUUCAUCGCACUCGAUAUGGACUACGCGUACGUACGCGAUUCUGGCGUGUACGAGUGCCGUGCCACCAACAAAUGGGGCACCGCGUCAACUACCGCUAAGGUGACUGUGGUGGCCCGUGGUGGUAUUGUGCUUGAUUCACAGCUGCCUGAAGGCAUGACUGCUUCCAAGCUGAAGGAGCUGGAACGUGGAAAAGUAACAUUGGCGACCCAGGAGGAGCGUACCUUCGGGCCACCGAAGUUUGUCUCACAGAUCCAGUCGGCCACGAUCGAUGAGGGUGAAACUAUUCGCUUCGAGUGUCGCGUUGAACCGAAGGAAGAUCCGAAGCUGCGAGUCGAAUGGUUCCGCAACGGCAAACCACUGCCAAGCGGUCAUCGCUACCGUACGAUCUACGACAUGGGCUUCGUGUCGCUGGACAUUCUUUCAGUAUACACGGAGGAUGCUGGCGACUAUACUUGCCGCGCCUUCAACGAGCACGGUGAGGACGUAACCAAGGCUCACAUCAGCUGCAAGAAGUUGCCGUCGAUUGUGCUUCAGAACCAGAUUCCAAAGGGUAUGCAGAAGUCGGAGACGCUAAUGCAAAUGGAAGCAACGAUCAAGAAGUACACCGAGGAGAUCUUCCUGACGGAGGACGACUUGUUCGAUCCGGACCGCAAGCAGCCACCCCGUUUCGUUGUUCAGAUCAAGGACCAGACCAACCUGGUCGAGAUGCAGGCCACCAAGUUCGAGUGCCAGCUGGCACCGGUCGGUGAUCCAGACAUGAAGGUGGAAUGGUUCUACAACGGCAAACCACUGCCGUACAAGAACCGUUUCACGCCGAUCUACGAUUUUGGUUACGUUGCAAUGAACUUCGGGUGGAUCUAUCCGGAGGAUAGUGGCGAGUAUUUGUGCCGUGCCACGAACUUGUACGGCAUGGACGAAACUCGUGCAAUCAUCAAGACUACCGGCAAGCCAGGCAUUGUCUACGAUUCGCAGUUGCCAAAGGGCAUGAAGAGUAUCCAGAAGAUCCGCGAGAUGGAAGCUUUGUGGAACUUGAACAUCCCCGAGGUGAUCGACGAGACGCAAAAACCCAAGAAGGAACCAGCGUUUGUCAGCCGGCCGGAAUCGAUCGAGGUAGAGGAAGGUGAAUGGGCUCGAUUCUGUUGUCGUGUUACUGGACAUCCAAAGCCGCGUGUCAUGUGGCUCAUCAAUGGUCAUACCGUCGUUAAUGGUCAACGAUAUAAGCUUACUUAUGAUGGCAUGUACCACUUCGAUAUUCCGAAGACGCGUCAAUAUGACACUGGCAAGAUUGAGGUUAUCGCUCGUAGCUCCGUUGGUGAAGCCGUUGCUAGCUGCGAACUAAAGAUUACUCCUCGUCGUGAUGACUACCGCGGCGUGCUGAAGAAUUCGCCACGACCAUGGUACGACUACGAUCUAGUCGCUUAUCAGAAGGGACGCGUUGAAACGGAUCUGGAAGUGACGCUGCAGGAAGAGAAGACGAAAAAGAAACGCGUUACCAAGGUUGUGCAGAAGGCGAAGACCAAGAAGGACGGUGAAACUGAAUGGCAAAAGACGGUCAAGCAGAAGAAGGGCGAGGAUUACUACAGCAAGUUGGCUGAGCUGGAAAAUGAGCAGAUCACCAAGGAGCAGAAGAUGCGCGAAGAAAAGCACCAGUUUGCGAUCCCGGGCGAAAAGGUUGUUAGCCAAUCGAUCGCCAAGGGUAUGGCAAGUGCCUACGAGCAGACACUCGAGGAAACAAAAGAGAGCGAAAACGUCGAACUGGUGGAAGCUCCCAAGAAAAAGUUGAUCCCCGAACCGACCGAAACGUCCGUCCAGGGCAAGGAAGUGCACAUCUCGCAGCAGAAGCAAACGCAGAAGGAGGUGUACGAUGACAAGGAAAUCAUUCGUAAAAUCACCGCCACGGAAACGACCGAAAUGGAGCACAAGGGUACGACGCAGGAGCGCGUGGUGGAAGGCCCGGUACAGCCGACCAAGUCACCAGUAUUCACGCGUAAGAUUCAGCCGUGCCGCGCGUUCGAAAACGAACAGGCACGGUUUGAGGUGGAGUUCGACGGGGAACCCAUGCCGACGGUGCGAUGGUUCCGCGAGAACUUCCAGAUUAACAAUUCAGCCGACUUCCAGAUCCACACGUUCGGUACGAAGUCGGUGCUUAUCAUUCGACAGGUGUUCCUCGAAGAUUCGGCAGUGUUUGCCGUGAUUGCGGAGAACCGUGGAGGUACUGCCAAGUGUAGCGCCAACCUGGUGGUGGAACAGCGCCGGCAGCAGGGCCGUGGUGGUGUGAUUCCACCGAGCUUUGUCAGCACGAUCAGUGACACGACGGUAACGGCUGGUCAGUUGGCGCGUUUCGACGCCAAGGUGACCGGCACGAAGCCGCUCGAUGUGUACUGGUUGAAGAAUGGGCAGAAGCUCACGCCGAACAUCAAGUACAAGAUGCUCGAAGAGGAUAACAACUACACGCUGCUCAUCAUCGAGGCGUACGCAGAGGAUGGGGCGAAGUACGAGUGUGUUGCCAUCAACGGUGCCGGUGAGGCACGGUGUGAUGCGGUAUGUACCGUGGAUACACCCGUUACGCCCAUCAUCGAAAAGCCGGCCACUCCCGGUACGGAGCGUCCACCAACGUUGGUGGAACCGCUCAAGGAUAAAACCGUACCGGAGGGACAAUCGGUAGAGUUCCGUACCCGUGUCACCGGCAAACCGACACCGACCGCACAAUGGUUCAAGGGUGAUAAGCAGAUUAAACCCUCCAAGUACUUCCAAAUGGGCAAGGAUCGGGAUGCGUUUACGCUAAUCGUUACCGAAGCGUUCCCAGAGGAUGAGGGCCAGUACCUGUGUAUUGCGUCGAAUCCGGGCGGUGAAGUCCACACAACUGCGACGUUGAAGGUGGUCGCACCAGAGAUGCCCGAUGCCGGCCCAAAGCUGGGUGAGAUGAAAGAUUGCAUCGUGGACGAGGGUUCGCCAGCCCAGUUCAAGACAACCAUUGUCGGCAAACCUACCAAAAUGACCGUCCAGUGGUUGCGCGAAGGCCUUCUGAUUCCGGAGUCACCCGAUUGUCAGAUGAUCAACGAGGGUAAUAAUGCCGUGCUUCUGAUCGGGACGACCUACGAGGAAGACUCCGGUACCUUCACCUGCCGCGUGACCACAUCCGCUGGGCAGGUUGAAACGUCCGCCAAACUGAUAGUCAAAAAACGUCGAAAGCAGUUGCGACAGGUGCACGGUGCCGAUGGAAUACAGGUCCAACAGCAACAGGAUGUGCAACAGACGCAACAUUUGUCAUCAUCAACCAGCACCACGGCUAAGGCAACGACUCAAGGGCUGAGUGAUGCAUCGUAUGAUAGCAGCACCGGUACGAGCGAGAUUGACACCGAGUUUGUCCCACAGGGUGACGAGAGUCUUCCCUGGAGACGGUCUCGAAGUUUAUCUCGCGGCCCGACAACUACUGCUGCCCCUUGGCGACGUGCGUCACAGGACCGCCGAACAUCGCGUGACCGAUCGCUUUCAAUCGAUAAGCGUGAGGAAAUUAAACCAUGGACUGCCGAGGUGGUGAAACUGAAGAAAACUACCAAAGAGCGUAAAAAAAUCGAAAAAGAAAAACUUGAAACGGUACAAUUGAAACCGACCCAAAUUCAGAAGGCGCAGAUUCAGCGAGAGCAAUUGGAAAAAGUCGAACUGAAGAUGGUAAAACGCGAACAGCAGGAAAUAUCCGAACAUCAUAUGGAGGAGAUGGUUCAAGCUAUUAUCGGUGAAAAGGAGGACUUUGAUCAUGUAGAUUAUCAUGUUCAGAAAUUGCGACACGACGAGGAUAUAUCCAUUCUCGAAAUUCAACAGCAAGUAGACGAAUUAACCCGUAAAGAUUCACAAAGGGCUGAAGGUGUUCCCUGGCGUAGAGGAGGGCCUAGAAAGGAACAACCUGAGAUAGGAAGAGAACAGUUCGUAGAGACCGACGAAAGCACUAUGCUUAAGGUAGAGAGAGACGAAGCAACCACUGAGCAAGAGAAACAACAGCUUACCCUGGAUCAAGGAGCAGGCGUAGCUUGGAGACGAGGUAAACUCCCCGAGCCAGAACGACAACCUUAUGCACAGACGGAAGACUCAGCUGUGCUAAGUGUGGACCGUUUGGAAGAGCAAGAAGCGAAGCAACUAAAAGAACUACAGCCAGUUCCAUGGCGCCGAGGACCGAAGGAAUCAUCUGCUCAGCCCAUGCAAAUAACCGAACAGGAAGACACUGCAAUGCUCCAAGUGCAGCAGGCAGAACAGGAACUUGUACAAGAUACGAAACCCAGCGAACAACCAGUAGCCUGGCGUAGAGGACCUAAGGAAAAGAAACCAUUCACAGAACCAGCACAAGAAGAGCAGCAACCAAUUGGAGAUGAGGGUCCCGAUACGCAACUUCCACCAUGGAUGCGUGGACGCAAGCCGGGAACGAAACGAGAUAUCCCAAAACCACCAGAACCGGAAAAGGUUGAACAGAUUAUGCUCAAACCUACACCGCGUCAGAAGAAGGAGCUUCCAAAGGAGACUGUUGAGGAAGUUUCGCUGAAACCAGUUCCCAAGAAACCCGUCGUAGAAGACGUUCCUGUUGUGGAGCCGGAGGAAGUCGAAGAAAAAACGGUUAAGACCAUCAAAAAGAAGAAACCAAAGUCGGUGCCACAACAGCAGGAAUCGUUGGAGAAGAUGGAGUUCACUCCCACCGAUGUACCAGAGGUCGAAAAGAUGGAAUUACCGCCGAAAAUGGAAGAAAUAAAGCCCAAGGAGCCAGAACAGGAGGCAGAAACGCCGAGCUGGCGUAGACAGCAAAAGCCAAAACCACAAGCAGAGGUUCCAGAGGAAAAACAAUGGCCCACGGGUAAAAGGCGACCACUUCCAGAAGAACCUAAGGAAGAGGUUGUUCUCAAGCCUAUUCCUCGACCAACGAAAGAGGAAGAACCCAAGGUAGCUGAAGAGCCCUCGAUUAAACCAAAGCCAAUUCCAGAGCUCGAUGAUAAACCUCUUCCGGAGCAGGAACUAGCUAAACCUGAUGUACCAGAAGAAGACACCAGUCUUCCACCAUGGCGUCGUGGAAAGAAACCAAUAGAGAAGAAGCCUAUUCCAGCUCCAACAGAACCGGAAAAGGUUGAGCAAGUUAUGUUGAAACCCACAUCGCGUCAGAAGAAGGAAAUUCCAAAGGAGACUGUUGAGGAAGUUUCGCUGAAACCAGUUCCCAAGAAACCCGUCGUAGAAGACGUUCCUGUUGUGGAGCCAGAGGAAGUCGAAGAAAAAACGGUUAAGACCAUCAAAAAGAAGAAACCAAAGUCGGUGCCACAACAGCAGGAAUCGUUGGAGAAGAUGGAGUUCACUCCCACCGAUGUACCAGAGGUCGAAAAGAUGGAAUUACCGCCGAAAACGGAAGAAAUAAAGCCCAAGGAGCCAGAACAGGAGGCAGAAACGCCGAGCUGGCGUAGACAGCAAAAGCCAAAACCACAAGCAGAGGUUCCAGAGGAAAAACAAUGGCCCACGGGUAAAAGGCGACCACUUCCAGAAGAACCUAAGGAAGAGGUUGUUCUCAAGCCUAUUCCUCGACCAACGAAAGAGGAAGAACCCAAGGUAGCUGAAGAGCCCUCGAUUAAACCAAAGCCAAUUCCAGAGCUCGAUGAUAAACCUCUUCCGGAGCAGGAACUAGCUAAACCUGAUGUACCAGAAGAAGACACCAGUCUUCCACCAUGGCGUCGUGGAAAGAAACCAAUAGAGAAGAAGCCUAUUCCAGCUCCAACAGAACCGGAAAAGGUUGAGCAAGUUAUGUUGAAACCCACAUCGCGUCAGAAGAAGGAAAUUCCAAAGGAGACUGUUGAGGAAGUUUCGCUGAAACCAGUUCCCAAGAAACCCGUCGUAGAAGACGUUCCUGUUGUGGAGCCGGAGGAAGUCGAAGAAAAAACGGUUAAGACCAUCAAAAAGAAGAAACCAAAGUCGGUGCCACAACAGCAGGAAUCGUUGGAGAAGAUGGAGUUCACUCCCACCGAUGUACCAGAGGUCGAAAAGAUGGAAUUACCGCCGAAAAUGGAAGAAAUAAAGCCCAAGGAGCCAGAACAGGAGGCAGAAACGCCGAGCUGGCGUAGACAGCAAAAGCCAAAACCACAAGCAGAGGUUCCAGAGGAAAAACAAUGGCCCACGGGUAAAAGACGUCCACUUCCCGAUGAACCUAAGGAAGAAGUGGUUCUCAAGCCUAUUCCUCGACCAACGAAAGAAGAAGAACCAAAGGUAGCUGAAGAGCCCUCGAUUAAAUCAAAGCCAAUUCCAGAGCUCGAUGAUAAACCCCAACCAGAGCCAGAACUAGCUAAACCUGAUGUACCAGAAGAAGACACCAGUCUUCCACCAUGGCGUCGUGGAAAGAAACCAGGUCCCAAGAGAGAAAUUCCUGCUCCCGACCCUGCUAUCUUGGAAACGGUCACACUCAAACCCACACCAAAGCGGACCAAGGAACUACCUCAAGAAACAAUGGAAGAGGUAUCAUUGAAACCAGUGCCACAAGAAAUGGAGAUUGAAGAUGUUCCUGCCGAUACGUUGUCAGUUGCUGAGGUGAAAGAAAUCGUUCCGAAGAAAUUGAAGAAACCAAAACGAAAGGACGAAAUUGAACCUUUGGAAAGGCCAGUUUAUCCUGAGAUCCCAGAACAGGUAGAUAUACAGUUGGAAAAGACUGAGUAUGUCCCAGAAGAGAUACCUAAACAACCGGAAACUGCUCCAGAACAACCACCAUGGAGGAGAACUCCAAAGCAGAAACCAGUUGAAACGGAAGAGCAAGAAAAGAAAUGGCCCACUGGUAAGCGACGCCCCGUAGCAGAAGAACCCAAGGAGGAGGUAGUGUUAAAACCGAUUCCAAAACCAGCUAAAGAACUCGAACCAGAACCAGAGCAACAGGUUACAAUCAAACCGAAGCAACCGGAACCUGCACCGAAGGAGGAAGCACCCGAACGUACUCCAUGGCGCCGUGGAAUGAAGGAUAAGCCACCUACCGAAGAAGAAGAGCUAAAGGACUGGCCCAAAGGAAAACGGAGACCUCUGUCGGAAGCUCCACAAGUGGAGGUAGUGCUCAAACCUAUACCUGUACCAUCGAAAGAUGAAACUCCAAAACCGACCGAAGAACCCAUAAUUAUUCAACGAGAGCCAAAGGUUCCGGAGCCUGAACAACCGAAACCAGCGCCCUGGCGUCGUGGAAAGAAAGAGCUUCCCAUGGAGGAGGUACCUAAAGAAGAAGUUACGCUUAAACCAAUUCCGAAACGUGCUGAACCAGAGGAAACAGUGCGGGAAGAAGUUAUUCUGAAGCCAGUUUCUGCACAAGAGGCAGUAAUCGAAGAGAUACCCGCACCACACGAACUACAGCCCGUACGUGAUGUGAAGAUUGAAGAAACUGUCACGAAGAAAACUAAACGCAUCAAAAAGCAAAUCAUUAGACCAAAGUUCCCUGAGUCGGGUAUUGCAGAGGUGGAAGAAUCGGUAACGUUUGAAGAGCCCGAAGAACCGGCACAAGUUGCAGAGACGAUCGUUGAUAUCGUGCCAGAGGAAGUGUUGGAUCUCAUUCCCGAGCUAGCACCUCGCGAAACUGCUAAGAAGCGAAAGUCGCGCAACAAAAAGCACGUUGUAUUCAAAGAAGAGCUCAGCACAUUUGCGAUGGAGCCCGAGGAUGAGGAAGAAGAGGACGAGGAAGAAGUAGAGCAAGUGCAGGAGAUUUCUAGAUCCAGCAUAACGCUUACACGUCCUGUUUCGGAAAGCAAACCAACGCCCGUACCCAUUGAAGAUGUUAAAGUUGAGGAACAGACCGAGUUCCGCAAAGAAAUGGAGGUGCGUGUACAAUCUAAUAUCGUCAAAAAAGAGAGGCAACGGCGUGUAUAUAUUGACGAUAGUCAACCGCUACCAGAGUUGGAAAUUAUCACCCAAAAACGCGUCCAAGAAGUCACAGACAAGAUCGCUGAAGAGGAUAUUCGUGACGAUCGGCAACUGGUGGAAACGGCUCAACAGCAAAUCGCCGAAACAAAGAUCCAAGAGCGUACAGUUAAAAUUAGUAAACCCAAAGUCCAGCCUCCGAAUAUAGUGGAGAAAUUACAGCCACAGAUUUGCGAACCUGAAAAACCGGUACUGUUACGUUGUCGCAUCGAAGGCGUUCCAUUCCCAACGGUGCAGUGGUACUUUAACGAUACGCUGCUAUUCGCUAAUUCUGAAUACAUUAUGAACGUGGUGGAGGAUGUUGCCACCUUAGAGAUCGCCACCGUGCAACCAUACCACGUCGGAAUCUACACAUGCGAGGCCAAAAAUGUUGCCGGAGUGGCUAUCAGCAAAGCUAACAUCGUCGUCCAGGAAAAGCCAGAGCAUGGUGAAGCACCGCGCUUUGUAGUACCGCUAAAGAUCGAGCUGAACGAGCAGAAAACGAUCGCUACUGUAACAUGUCAAGUGGCGGGUAUCCCUACACCCAAGGUACGCUGGUUGCGCGAUGAGGUAGAUAUCAUCGAGGAAGAAGAAGAAGAGAUCGAAACUUACUAUGAAGAACGCACCGGACAUGUACGGUUGACAGUGAAACGGCCAAAGCAAAAUGUACCGAUCGUGUUUACUGUAGUGGCGGAGAACAAAUUUGGAAAGGCUGUGGGCAAAGCAAACGUGUACAUACAGUCAGUAAAGUUGGAACGGGUGAAACCAUCAGCAAUAGCUCCACAAAUUGUGCAGCCAUUGGAGGCACAGGUUGUGCGUACGGGCAGCACGCUUGUAUUCGAGUGCCGGUACACUGGCCUGCCAAAGCCUACCGUUAAAUGGUUCCGCAAUAGCAAAGAGGUCGUGGAAGAGGAGGAAGAAGUCAUUAUCACCAAUGAGGAGUACUACAGUCGGCUGGAAAUUCGUCGUGUAACGCGGCAAAGGGGUGGCAAGUAUGAGAUUACCGUCACGAACGAAGCCGGACAGGCUAAAUCAUCUGCCUCCGUUGCUAUCUCCGAUGCUACUGACACUGAUGAAGCAAAGGCACCACGGUUCAUCGAGCCGUUAGUGCCGAAAUUGAUUGCGGAAGCCGAGGUGUGCAUUCUGGAAGCCUCGGUCGAGAGCUAUCCAACCUCAACUUUCCAAUGGUUCAAGGAGGGAACUGCCAUUAAGUCGACCAACGAACAGCGCAUCGUCACGAAGGAGAACCGCUCGAUUCUGAUCAUUGAGUCGUUCACCCGCAAGGACACCGGUGCGUACACGUGCCGAGCGGAAAAUGUGGCCGGUUCGGUAACAUCCACUGCGACCGUCCAAACGUUGGACACCAUCGAAACCGAGGAAGUUACCGAAUACAUAUCACCGCGGUUUUUGGAGACAAUCAAACCGACGCGUGUUAUGGAUGGGGAGCGGUUAACGCUCGAGUGUCAAGUGGUGGCGAUGCCGCUGCCGAAGGUGCACUGGUACCACAACUCGCAGCUAAUUCAAGAAACAAAGGACAAGCAAGUACAGCAAGACUCUACCGGGCGCUGUGUGCUCACCAUCAGUGAAGUGUUCCCAGAGGAUAAGGGUGAGUAUACAUGUGUGGCCACCAAUAAAAUCGGUGAGGCCAUAUGUCGCACGACAGUCAACGUAGAGCCGUUCGAGUACGUGCCCGACUCGGAGCAGUUCCGUAGCUCAGAAGAAGAUUUGUUGACUGAUAAGUCUAUUUCAACACUCGAAGAGUAUGCGGAACCAAUCGAGUAUGCGCCGCAGAUUGUUAAGCAACUGCCCACGAUCAUACACACGCAGGAACGCGAGUUGACCAAGCUAGAGGUGAAAGUACUUGCUCAUCCGAAGCCACAGAUUCGUUGGCUUAAGGCGGGCGAGGAGAUAAUUCCAUCAGAGGAAUUCCAAAUUGAGAACUUUGACGAUGGAACCUCCAUACUUAUCAUCAAUGACAUCUACCCGGAUGACUCUGGAGAAAUUACGUUCGAAGCACACAACGCACUGGGAGUAGCGAUGACAACCGCCGAACUGGUAGUCGAAGAAAUUGUCGGAACCAAAGCGUAUCGCAAACCAGAAUGGGUGCAACAUAUGGAAGAACUGAAGGAGGCCCUCCAAGCCUCUUACUCUACGCCAUCGUACUCUCUUGAGAUCAAAGAUUCGCGCGCCAUGCUUGGCGAGAAGGGCUUCUUCGAGUGUCACUUCGCGGGCAAUCCUAAGCCAGAUAUACUGUGGUACCGCAAUGGAAAGAUUAUCAUAGCGAACGAUCGUACAAAGAUUCGCACGAGUGAAACUACUUCCACGCUCACCAUUUACCCAGUGGAGGUGUCCGACUUUGGAUUCUAUAAGUGCAAAGCCAUGAACGAGGCCGGUACAACCGAAUCCAUCGCCAAGUUGAUCGAAAGCAUCGUUCCAACGUUGUCGGACGAUGAGAAAGCCGAACUGGAUGCGACACGCAGUCCUAAGCGUGGUAGCCGUGCCGGAAUUAAGAAUGGCAAGGCGAUCGACAAGAUAGAGCUGGUAGUCGAGGAGAGCGAGGAGGUGCGUCGCGAGAAGGCCGAAAAGCGCAAAAAGCGUGACGAGAAGCGCAAGCAGAAAGAGUCGCAGUUGAUCGAUGACAUUGUCAAGCAGGAGAUGGAAGCAUCGUUGAAGGAGAAAAUCAAGUUUAGCUCGGAAUCGACCACGACGCUGACAACGAGCACGACCUCGGAGAUGACGCAGGACGUGAAGCUCACCAAGGAUCGUGCGACGGUAAAGUUUAAGGAGCACGUGGAAACACUGGUCGAGGAGAUUGUGACCACCGAAACGGUGCAAGAGAUCGAACGGAUGGUCAUUCACGAAAAGCUUGACGUCUCCGACGUGGAGAGUGUGAAAAACUCGAUCGAGGUUAAGGAAAUCCUCACCAACCUGAAGGCCAGUGAGUUUGGACCGGGAGAAGCACCGCUGCGUGAGCUUGCCACAAUUGCCUUCAUGGUGAAGCACGGUGUCACGGUCAGUGAGAUCACCAGCUUCUAUCAGGCAAGCCACUUCCCGGCUCUACAGCAGCCAGAAUCCCAGUCGGCAAUGGUACUGCUGCUCGAACGCGAAGGUUACGCCAACAUCGUCACGGAGAUCCUCACCGAGACGGAUAUGGACGAUGCCCAGCUAGCUGCUACGGCCGGUUUCCGUGCAUUCAUGCGCAUGAUCGAGGUGAACCACGCGAGUGUGGAAGAGAUCAUCGCACACUUCUCACCGGACGAUUUCGUCGUGCAGGAAUGGAAAACGGAAUCGGCAUUCGAGAAACACGAAGAAACGCGCUUGAUUUCGUCGAGUGAAGUGCGCACUACCGAGACUACCGUCCGAACGAUGAAGGAACUGGACAUCAAAGGUUUGCAAUCAUAACGUCCUAUUCGCCUUCCCCUGUGCACGCCCUACUCUUCUUUCCUCACUUGUAUUGUGUUGUGUGUUGCCAACCGCCAACUCGUGUGCCCGCCCUGCCUGUGCCCGCUUGCUUGCAGAACUUGUGGCCGAUCCGUGCCAUCGCCUACUCCAACUCCGUCUAUCUACUUCUUGUACAUCUUUUUUUCCUGCUUCGAGUUACCUCUCGUAGAAUGAUAGUUUAUUAGUAGUGAACGUUGGUUUUUUUUAACAUUUUCAUCAUCACACAAAGAAAAGAUGAUUAUUUCGCACUCAAUUAGAAUAGAUUGUAUACAGAACGUAUCCAGUAGUUGCAAUAUUGCGAUGUGUGAUUUGCUUUAAAGAGCUGUAAUAUAGCGUCGCUCAACAAAUGGCUAAGGAAUAAAGCAUCUCUUUACCUACAACAAA